AAGUUUUAAGUCCCAGACACGAACUUGUGAGCUUAUGAGAAACUUCACUCAUGAACUCAGUUUAAAUACUCUUUUUUAAUCUUUCUAGGUGACAAUCUGCAGGAUCAGCAACAAGAAUAGAUUCCUGCAGCAAAUAGAUCUUCUGCUAGAAUUACACAGCAUCCACCACCCUCUGACUGUGCAAUGCCGAAAACAUUUACUUAUGACGAACUAAAGGAGGCUACAAAUAAUUUCUCAGAAGACAAAUUACUUGGUGGAGGUGCUUUUGGCAUUGUCUAUAAAGGAGUCCUUCGAGAUGGGAGAAUUGUUGCUGUAAAACAGCAACGAGCUGAACGGAAACUGGAGGAGCAAGAAUUUCAGAAAGAGAUAGAGAUCAUUAGCGGUAUCCACCAUGAACAUCUUGUACAUCUUGUUGGAUUCUGCAUUUGGGAGGCUGAGAGACUGCUUGUAUACGAGUUUGUUUCGAACAAAAGCCUGCACUUCCAUUUACAUGAUUAUGGCAACAUUUCAGAGAACGAUAAAGAAAUUUUAGACUGGAAAAAAAGAUUCAAUAUUGCGGUAGGCACAGCAAAAGGAUUGGUUCAUCUGCAUGAUGUCUCAGCUGGUAAGCCCAGGAUUGUGCAUCGUGAUAUCAAGUCAGCUAACAUUCUUUUGGAUGAAAAAUGGGAAGCCAAGGUGGCAGAUUUUGGACUUGCUAGGUCCAUUUUAGCUGGCAAAACUCAUAUCAGCACUGAAGUUAAGGGCACUUUUGGUUACAUGGAUCCAGAUUUUUUUACCUCCGGGAUUAGGUUAAAUGAGAAGUCAGAUGUCUACUCCUUUGGAAUGCUGCUUUUGGAGUUGAUUACUGGAUGCCUACCUCUGAAUAAAAUUCAGCCCCCUGAUUCUGAUAAUGAAAAGUUGGCUGUCAAGGCAAAACCGAUGCUCAGAAAAGCUGUGAAAGACAGCAACAUAAACGUUGUUUAUACCGAUCCAAAGUUAGGGAAAUUCGACAAGAGCGCAAUGUUUCUGGUGGUUCAUUGUACUGCUGCCUGUGUAUGUUAUCCAGCAGGGGAUCGGCCGCAGAUGAGGGAGAUACUUGAAGCUCUGGAAGGAAAACUGGAUGUGAGGGUUCUGACAGAAAGAAUAAAAACAAUGUUCACUGCGGAAGAUAUCUCAUGGAACAGGAAGACACUCUUGGAGAUGUUAGAAGCUAUCAAAGAGGAGGAUCCAGCUACCUCGAUCGGUUAAUGAAGGCCAGAAAAGAUACUAUUUUCUAAAUGAACGUUUCCAUAUUGUGUAGCUAUAUAUAAAUGUAGAAGAGUUGUUAAUCUUGAGAUAAAUUAAACGUUGUCAUGAUUUUGUGAAAAAUUCAUGCCAUCUAGGAUAUGCUACUUCUUUACAGUUUUCAGUUUGCAGUGGAUUUAAAAAUGCAAUGAUUUAUCUAUCUUAAUGUGUGAGCAUUGAAUCUCUUGUAAUUAAUCACAAUAUCUCAACACAAAUAUGCCCAAGGGGUGAAAAAUAAGUC